UUGGUUACAUGGUACAGUUGUAUUAUGGCAUAAAUAUUACAGAUUAGAUUAAGUUUUAGCAUUAGAAACCAAAUAUUUUAUGAAACUGAAAAACACCUAACUGCUGUCGGCUACUAAUGAAAGAGAAAAAGGACUGUAUUAAACCACAUAAAUCUGCAAUAUGCUAAUUCUAUGAAAGACUGUGUUAAAUUGAAUUUGACUGCAAAUGCCAGGAAGGAGAGUGGGAGAGACUCAUCAUUGUUUGAUGUGGGAUGUUUGUCACCAGAGGGAGCGAUAAGUGGAUUCUGCACAUACCUGCUUACGCUGCCAGGUUAUAAAAGUCCCUCCACACCUGGAGAGACAGGCACACACACUGAGACGCAGUCACAUACCCGCUGGCACGUACGAUGAGACACGCUCAGAAAGAGACGGUCGCUCUUAGACAAAAACACACACACACACACACACACAUUGAUUUCUGUUGACACGUACUGAUACUGUAACGCCAGUCAGUUUCACUGAUGUACUGACUUUAGGCGGGCUCACACACAGGUUAUCAGAUGAAACUUACUCAUGAGAACACGCACAGUGUUGGUAUUAGACCCAGAGGAAUGCUGGGUGUCGUGCACAGGAACGAACACUAACGUCUGAGGUGGAAAACUCUGAGACCGAGCAGUACAGAGGGACUGAGGGACUGACAGAGAUGGACCCGGCAUCCCUGUUACCCUUCUCCCUAUUGGCUCUGGCUCUCUCUCUGACCCUCCCCCUGCUGCCUCCGGCCACGCCCCACUCCUCGUCCCAGAACCAAUCAGUGGCUGUGCACCUGGGCUCCAGGUUUGUACAGGAGGCCCUACAGAGAGCUACGGAGCUGACUGACGCUGCAUACACACACACAGGCGAGAGGGUGAAGAUGUCCUUGUCAGAGGGCUCGGUCAGACCCAGCGACCUGCUGGCCCAGUUCAAGCAGGCGGGGCCCAGAACCAAGGCCCACAUCUGGGCGGCGGAAGUGCUGGACAACACCGUGGAGCUCAUCCGCGAGAUGGUCUACACCAACACCAUGACCCAGCCCAACAUCACCGAGCUGCUGAGUGUGGAAGACAUGGAGACGCUCCUGCAGGCGAGCGGCUGUUCCGCCGAGCUCCGCCCACCCGUCUGUGCGACGGACUGCCUGUCCCAACGCUACGCACCACACGUGAGUGCACACUGCACCUCCAGACAGCACCCUCUGUGGGGUGCAGCUAACACCCCGUACACCCGGUGGCUGCCCCCGGAGUACGAGGAUGGCCGGGCAGCACCCCGUGGCUGGGACCCCCAGCACACCUAUCACAACUUUACUCUACCCCCGGUGCGCUCGGUCUCUCAGGUGGUGCUCUACACCCAGAACGAGGACAUCUCCAUGGACGCCUCGCUGUCCCACCUGCUGGUGGAGUGGGGCCAGUGGCUGGACCACGACCUGACCCUCACCCCCCAGAGCCCCAGCACCUCCACCUUCCGCACGGGGGCCGACUGCACCCGGACCUGCAGCCGAGACACGCCCUGCUUCCCCAUACAGAUUCCUCUCACGGACCCUCGCUCGGGCUUGCAGAGCUGCAUGCCCUUUUUCCGCUCCGCCCCCAGCUGCGUCGUCGCGGCGACCCCGCUGCGUCACCGGGAGCAGCUCAACGCCAUCACCUCCUUCGUGGACGCCAGCAUGGUGUACGGCAGCUCCGCCUCCCUCUCCUCCGCCCUGCGCAACCUCUCCUCCCCCCUCGGCCUGCUGGCGCUCAACCCGCUGCACGCCGACGGGGGGCUGGCCUACAUGCCGUACCUGCCCCGCCCGCCCCUCCACCCGGACCCCUGCGGGCCGUGCCGGGGGGGGGAGAACUGCACCGGCCCGGAGACCCCCGCGGAGCAGGCCAACCUCACCUCCUGCUUCCAGGCAGGGGACUCGCGGGCCAACGAGCACCUGGGGAUGAUCGCGCUGCACACGCUCUUCCUGCGCGAGCACAACCGGCUGGCGGGCCGGCUGCACCUCGUCAACCCCCACUGGGGCCCCGAAACCCUGUACCAGGAGGCCCGCAAAAUUGUGGGGGCCGUGCACCAGGUGCUGACGUGGGACCGCUACCUGCCGCGGGUCCUGGGGGAGAGCGGCUUCCGCUCCCUCCUCCCCCCGUACCGGGGCUACGGCGCCGAGGCGGACCCCAGCAUCGCCAACGCCUUCUCCACCGCCGCCUUCCGCUUCGCCCACGUCACCGUGCAGCCACGGGUGGCCCGCCUGGGCCCCGGCUACACCCCCAGCCCCGAGCACCCGCCCCUGCCCCUCCACCGCUCCCUCUUCGCCUCCUGGAGGGUGGUGCAGCAGGGUGGUAUAGACCCAGUGCUGAGAGGGCUGCUGUUUUCCCCGGCGAAGCUGCAGAGUCCGGGGCAGAUGAUGGUGGAGGAGCUGACGGAGAGGCUGUUCCAGGCCCAGGGGGGGCUGCCGCUGGACCUGGGGGCCCUCAACCUGCAGCGGGGCAGAGACCACGGCCUGCCCGGGUACAGUGCGUGGCGUCAGCUGUGCAAUCUCUCGGUUCCGGUGACGGGGCCGGACCUGGCCCAGACGCUGGGAAACCGCAGCCUGGCCCAGAAGCUCCUGGGCCUGUACGGGACGCCGCGCAACCACUUGGGCAUUCCGAGCCCUCCGGGGGCGGUGGGGCCGCUGCGGCCUGCUGUGGCCAACAUUUCAGCUCUGAGAGACGGAGAUAGGUUCUGGUGGGAGAGGGAAGGGGUCUUCAGCGAAGCCCAAAGGGCUGAGCUUCAGAGGGUCUCCCUGUCCCGGAUCAUCUGUGACAACACCCACAUCGCCCACGUGCCCCCUGACCCCUUCGCCCGAACCCAGCGCCCGGGCGACGUGCUGCCCUGCUCCCACCCCCUCAUCCCACACCUGGACCUGAGCGCCUGGGGGGAGCCGGACACAGAUCCCAUUUGUGGUGCCAUCCCCAGGCUGAAGUUUGGUUUUUCUCUGCUCUGCGACUCUGCCCUGCUGUACCGUUGCCAUGACGGCUACCGCCUGAACGGCCCCUCCUCCAUCAGAUGCGACCACAACAGCAACCAAUGGAGUCCAGCUCCGCCCACCUGUCAAGAUAUAAAUGAGUGUGCCGCUCAGCCUUCCCCUUGCCCACAGAACACGGAGUGUGUCAACACACCUGGUUCCUAUACCUGCGCAGAGUCCGACGGCCUGCCGUCCGGCUCCGUCAGUUCACUGGUUUCCGCGGUGAUGGCAGUCGUUGGCGGCAUCGCCGCGCUGGCGCUGGUGAUCGUAUGCUACCGGAGAUUCGUUCUUAAGAGACACAAGCCUGUGAUUGGUGGGUGCUGCCAGAGAAAGGACCAAUGGAAUGGCGGGGACCACGCCCUCAAGGAGGGAACGUCGCAGUGACCUGAAGCACAUGCAGAGAACGGUGCGUUAGAGAAUGCACCAGUGGGCACGCUCCCCUCAGCACCAGCGUGUACUCCGUAAGUGUCAGUUAAGCCAAGAAGGACAGUUCCACCUCGAGCUCUUUUUCAGUGGUGUACCUUCCAAGCAGGUGGAAAUGAGCACAUUUCAAUAUAAUCAAGGCUUCAUGCCAUGUUUUUUUGGAGGCAUGGGAUAUCUAGCUGAAUGAAGACAUUACCCCCUUCCGUUUUGUGUCCUGUAGGAUCUUAUUGUUUGAUCAUUUUCUCGAUCCAGCGUUUGAUGUCUACCUUGUAUAUUAGUUGUUGCUUUGCUUGUAUUUAAGCCAAUGUAUUGCCUAAUGCAAUACGCUUGGCUUUGUAAUAUUUAGCUAAUUCCUUCAGAGCAAUGCUAAAUUCACAGUUUAAUUGAAGUAUGCAUGAGAAUAAAUAUUGUCAUGAUUUUGUUUCUGAAAA